AUGACGCCCUCCUCCAUGGGCUUCGGCAUGUCUCGCCCGCACUCGCAAGCAGACAAUCACCCCAUGGUGCCCCAGCCUAACAAGCGCUCCCUCCCCAGCGGCGCCAGCAUGAGCCCCAACCCCGCCCUUCACGGACACACCGUCAACCUCUCCUUCAAUGUCCCUUUCAACGCCAACCUGCCCGGCCCGGACAAGGAGGAUGUGCUGUACAGCAGUCCCACUGCUUAUCAGAAAUGGAUCCAUCCCGAGGGUGCCUCCGAGGAUGCACCCAACCAUACUCUACCUGUCCACACACGCAACGUGGAGAAUCUACGGAGCCUGUGCAAGCAGCUGAGUGAUAGCAGUGGCGACCGGAUACAUGCCACGGUCACGUCCUCGAAGCCGAAGCCUGUGCCGGGCAUGCAACGGGGUCCGCUGACCGCCCUGGUGACAAACGUGUGCAUAUCAGGCGAUUCAGAACUUGUGCACAAGAUGCGGGCCAAAGUGCUGAACGAGACACCCAUCACAUUGGUGAGUAUGAGGAUAUUGAAACAGGUUGUGCGUGCGGCUGACAAAGCGUGCAGCGUUGCGAGACCAUUGACAUCGACCGCGACAUAGUCUUCACGCCGGGCAGGGAUGGUGCCAGAGCCGACAUCCUUCGUCAUAUGGAUGAGAUUGCCGACCAGACGAAAGCUGACAUCUUCUUGCUCGAGUCGAAAGCCAAGAGAAAGGAUUCGGACUCGAUGAGCUUCAGCGGGGGUAUGGAGAAGAGCAUGGACAACAGGCUACGGAUACACGUCUAUGGCGAUACCGAGAGUGCAGAGAAUGCAAAGACGAGGCUCCUGAUCAUGAUUGACCAAAUCCUGCACCGUCAGGUCGACACCAUCCGCCUUGAGCUUUCACUGCACACCCUGAUUGCUGGGCGUCAUAGGAGGAACAUCAAGCUGAUUGAGUCGGCUACGGGCACUGCGAUCUACUUUCCUCCCAUGUUUCCCCAGGUCUUCGGGUACAAGCCACCAGGUUCUGUUCCACUGCGGACUCGGGACGAGAUCAUCAUCACGGGAGACAACAUGGAUAACAUCCUGCAGGCCAAGAAGCGUUUGACCGAGCUGGUGAUGAACUGCAAGACAUUCAUCAAGGACGUGCAGAUAACGACGAGCAAGGUAGACUACAUUCUACUGGAACGGCUGGACAAGAUCCGGAGGAUUGUUGAGGCUAACGGGUCUUAUGUGCUGCUGCCAUCCCUCGGAAACCACUCUGGAGUGCUGCGAGUGCAGGCUACAGACAUUCUCAAUGUGGAGCGCACCGUGCGUGAGAUUAUGGGUCUUGCCGGCCAGUUCUACAGUGCAUCCUGGUGGGUCACACAUCCAGAUCCAUCCCAACGACAGCCUACCAUGUCCGACAUUCGUGCCAUGCUCCCCGAUAUUUGCAUCAACUCUGGCGCCGAGAUCACUUUCGAAAAGCUCAAUUUCCACAUCAAUGGAAGCGACGACUCUGUCAAAGCAGCCAUGUCCAUCAUCAACACGCUACCAUUUGUGAAGAAAGCACAGUCCACCCUUCGUGUCAAGGUCGAGCUUGCCAACGAGCACAAGGAAUUUGUGAGCGGCAAGAAGAACGGCAAGAUCAACAAGAUCAUGAGCCAGAGCAACGUGCAGAUUGUGUUCGACGGGUUCAACGAAUACAACUUCUACAUUGACGUCCGAGGAGCGCAAUAUGAAGCCACAAAGAACGGUCUUGACCUAGUCGAGCUCGAGAUGCCGGCUUCGAUCUCUUUCCACGUCCCGGACCAGUACCACAAGCGAAUCAUCGGCAUUGGCGGCCAGCACAUCCAGCGCAUCAUGAAGAAGUACUCCGUCUUUGUCAAGUUCUCCAAUGCCAUGGAUCGAGGUGGUAUCGGCAAGGAUGACGAUGACAUUAAGGUUGACAAUGUCAUCUGUCGGACGCCGGCCCGCAAUGCUGACAAUCUCGAGCUGGUCAAGCAAGAGAUCAUGGAUAUGGUUGAGAAGGUUGACGCCGAGUUCGUCUCCGAGCACGUUCCUGUGGAUCGUCUCUACCAUCGUGAGCUCAUUGCCAGAAUGCCAGAGAUUGAGGAGCUCGAGAAGAAAUGGAACUGUAAGAUCACCUUUCCGGGAACAGAACAGGCAAGUGAUAUCAUCACGGUCUCCGGGCCAGAGUAUCAGGUGCCGCAGGCUGUCGACGAAUUCUUGGUAAGUGAUGUUGUGCCGGCUUGCGCCAUCAACGCUGACAGUGACCAGGGUAUGGUGCCCGAGACCCACGACAUCGAGUUUCCAACCACUGCAGAGCUUCACAAUUUCUUGAUUUCCGACGAGUUCAACCUCGACACCGCGCAAAAGCUCAAGGACCAAUACGUGGUCGAAGUGUCUGUCAAGGAGCAGAAGCAAGAGAAGCAGGGCGAUGAGGAAGUCACGGUCCAAAGGCUUCACCUCAGCUACACUCGCAACAAUGCCGGGGGUCUCAAAGACGCCAUUGACUUCUUGCUGAUGCCUCUGAUCUCUCGUGGCUUGGACCAGAAUGUCGUCAAGGGCGCGAUCCCACGUCCCAAGUCCGACUCUUUCGAGGACAACAUGCCCUACUUUGAAUCCAAGCUUUUGCAGCGUGCAGAGCCUCCACUCUCGACGGAAUCACCGACCCGCGGUACCUUUGGCGACGAAGGUGGUGCCCGCUCCAUCUUCGACAAACUCAGAAAGCCCGGUAGCAUGUCUUCGUUUACGUCCUUCAUGGAACGUCGACGCAAGAACGGAUCCAAUUCCCCGGCGUCCCUCUUCAUGCACGCAUCCAACAAUGCCUCCAAGGCAUCUCUUGCCAGUAUGGAAUCGCGUGACUCUGGUUAUCGCAACCCUUGGAAUGAUUCCGGUAUUGACCUUGAACACGACCAACAGAAUGGCCACAAUCAUGCUAAUAGCUGGGGCUCUUUUGGCGGAUCAUCGCGCCCCAACACCUCCUCCAACUCCCUUUCUGGCGCAUUCGAGUCCAAGUUUCCUUUUGGCGCAAACGGUAAUGCGUCCACGAGUUCUCUUAACACUCCAAUGAUACCCGGCCUCGGCAUGGUCAACGGCAGCACCGCGACGAUGGCAGGCGCCGGCAGCUCGGCCAACGGCGAUGUGACACCCAAGUACGACGCCCAGAAAGACGGAAGUCUGACAAUGGGCGAUGACGGAAAGGGCAGCUCCACUUUGCUGGGAGGCCAGUUCCCGAUGCAGCAGCCAAUCUCGCGACCUACUUCGACCAAUGCCGCGGCUACCAACAACAAAACCACCGAUACCACUUCUGCGAGCACUACGACUUCAGGAUACCCGGCCCCAAUCGGGCCUCCGCAUUGA